CGGUCCAAGCUGAACAAGUUUACUGACUGUUUAGAUAAAGUCUCUCUCGCGCGUCUGACCCUUGACUUAAGCUUUUUGAUGACGCCGUCGCGGCUGUGUUGACUUUGACGUUUCCAUCCGACGAGGACCAUCACGACGACGAUCAACGAUAAAGCCAAUCGCGCGCGCCGCAACCCCCCCAAAAAAUAGGUCGAAUUGGUCAAGCACCGUCUGCCAAUCUGGAGCUGUUGAUUUUGAGUCGAAUUAAAAUAAUAUCCUCAUCUCGAUCUCGACCAAGAACGCGCUUAAUUAAUCAUACCAUCAUUUAUCACCACAAUAUUGUCGCAAACUAGCAACCAUGGUCGACUUCAAGAGCGAGACCAUUCACAAGGUUUCGGAAAAGGUGGCAGAGAAGGUGCAUGAUACCACCGACAAGGUCGGCGGCCUGCUUGAUCAGGCCGAGGCUGGCAAGAUUCCUGGCACCAAGGGUCACCAUCCCGUCUCAGCUGUUAUCGGCACAGCGUUGACUGGUGGUAUGGGGAAUGCUGGCACCAAGGGCUACCUAGCAGCAUACAUCAAGGAGCUGGAAGACAACCCUCUCCGUACCAAGAUGCUCACUGCUGGUACUCUUGCCGGUACACAAGAGCUCUUCGCUUCAUGGCUCGCCAAGGACCGCAACAAGCACGGCAACUACUUCACUGCUCGUGUACCCAAGAUGGCCGCUUAUGGCGCUCUCGUCAGCGCUCCUCUGGGCCACUUCCUCAUCUGGGCACUCCAGAAGGCUUUCAAGGGCCGUACCAGCCUGCGCGCCAAGAUCCUACAGAUUCUUGUUAGCAACCUUAUCAUCGCCCCUAUCCAGAACAGCGUCUACCUGGUCGCCAUGGCUCUCAUUGCUGGUGCCCGCACCUACCACCAGGUUCGUGCUACCGUCAAGGUUGGCUUCUGGAAAGUCAUGCGCGUUUCAUGGAUCACUUCUCCCAUCUGCCUGGCUUUUGCCCAGAAGUUCCUUCCCGACCAGCUCUGGAUUCCCUUCUUCAACAUCGUGUCUUUCAUCAUUGGCACAUACAUCAACACGAUUACCAAGAAGAAGCGCCUCGCAGCUCUCCGCAAGAAGCACUUCGGCGACGACCGCCGAUCCAACGCUGGCGACAUGCGCCCAGGCCGCCCCGACGACUACCCUCCACCUGGCAUGGGCGGCGGUCCCAACCCUCCUUACUAAGUGACACAAUCUCAACCGUCAAUCUGAGCCCGGGAAACCAAGAAGACAGUCAAAAGACGAUAAUUGGGGUGGCGAAGGCUUUAAAGAGAAGGGAAAUGUGGAGAUGAGAGAGUAAGCGAACGGUGGCUUCUUGGUAGCGAGCGGAUGAAUGCAAAACCGUGCUCGGAUGGGCUGCGUCGCUUGACAAGUAUAUACCCGAGAUGAGGGGGUGAGUAGGACUGACGUCUGUCCUGAGCUCAGGCUGUUCAGCAUGUAUCUACAAGGAAAUUUGUGUUUUGGCGAAGGACAUGGUGGAUGUAGAUGGCAAGAUUUGUAUGUUUGUAUGUGCGAGUUGUUAAUGAAAUGAACUACCUAGU